AUGAGGGGACAAUUAAUCGAGAAACGGAACAUAGACUACUUAAGAGUAGUUUUGAAAUUCGGCGGUGUCUUAGGCAUUACACCGUGGUACAGUUUCGAAAAAAGAAAAUUGGUCAAGACCAACCUGUACAAAUUGUACGCCAUAACUUUGGGCGUGAUAUAUGCCAUCUUGGUCGCAGUCACAGUAUAUUUCAGAAUUAAAAACUUUAUUCUACGCUUUCCGACGGAAGUGUUUUUGGACUGCUUUAGCGAUGCGGCGUUGACGUUGCUUAUCUUAAUUAGACUCUUUAAAUCGGCCACCACGGUGAAUCAGAAAAAAAUGGAGAAGCUGAUGCGUUCACUGUUCGAAUUGGAUGACAGGUUAAGGGUGAAGCAAGAGAACGUUGUCCUGCACAAAUGCUACGUGGAGUUGGUAAUCGGACAUCUGCUUUUUGUGACUUAUUAUUUGUUCGAAAUCCACAUCUGUUUAAGCACCCUUGGAUCCUUAUACUUUUAUCAGUACAAAUAUGAAGAUAUUAACAUGUUGUUGCUAGACAUUCAGAAAAGAUACAUUCCUUUGUUGCAAAAUAUAGACAAAUACACUGCUGUUGAUUUAAUAACUCACAGGCAACAAUAUAUAAAACUAGGAGAAAUUGUGGAACUUUUUAACGAAUUAUAUGGAUAUGCUAUAUUAAUAAUCACCUUACAUUCAGUGCUACAAAUUUUAAACUGUGCUAAUUUUGGGUUGUCUCUAUUGAUUAACAAUACACCUACAAGCGUUGAAAUAUUUACCUCAAAUAUUUACUUUGGACUACUUCUUGUUGGCAUAUCGAUGUACUUAAUAAUGUCAUGCGAUGCCACAUGCGCUGAAGGUAGAAGAGUGUUGAGAAUCUGCGCUAGAUUGCAGGAAAUCUUUCCGCCACAUUCGCAAUCGCGCGAAGAAAUUGUACACUUUGUGACAACUGCUAAAAUUUACCAACCAAGAUUUGUUUCCGCAGGUUUUUUUGAAGUCAACAGUUAUACAGUUCAAUGGAUCGUUAAGUAAAUUAUAGUAUUUUGUUUAGGAUGAAAACAUUAGUUAGAUUGAUGAAUAAAUAAACUAAUUAUUUUUUCGGUUUAUAAAUAGUGAUGGUAUAAAUGUG